AUGAGCAGCAAUGGGAUGUCAUUUGAAGUGACUUCGCUGCAUCAACAACUUCGUGAAACGGUGCGCAAAUUCACAGCUGAAGAGAUUACUCCCGUUGCUGCUGAAUAUGAUAAAUCUAUGAAAUAUCCUUGGGAGAUUGUCAAGAAAGCUCAUGCCUGCGGCCUUCUCAACCCUGAUAUUCCGGAGGCCUAUGGUACGUAG